CGGGCCCCCAGGGGAGAGGACGGGUUCUGGGGCCCCCUUUCAGGGGGAGCGGGGGGCCCGGGACCCCCGGGGGUGGAGCACAGGUCUGGGGGGCCCCCUGGGGGGGAGGCGGGGCCCCCGGGAGGCGACGGUCCCCCAGGGGAACAAAAAGGGGGGACAGGUCUUCGGGCCCUCAAGGCGGAGCGGCGGGCGCCGGACCCCCAGGGGAGACGACAGGUGGGCUCCGAGUCAACAGGCACGACAGUGGGCACCGGGUCACCAGGUACCGGAUUGUCUGGCUCGACAGCGGGCAUCGGGUGUCACCAGGCAUCAGGUCAUUUGGCUCGACAGCGGGCACCGCAUCAUCUGGCAAGACAGUGGGCUCCGAGUCAAACUGGUAUGACCGCGGGCACUGGGUCAGACAUUGGAUCGUCUGACUGGACAGCGGGCAUCGGGUCACCAGGCAUCAGGUCAUUUGGCUCGACAGCGGGCACCGUGUCAUCUGGCAAGGCAGUGGGCUCCGAGUCAACAGGC